CCGACAUACAUACAUUAUACAUACAGUUACAGGAUUCUGAGCCACCGCCAAUGGCAAGACCCAAAAAAGGGAGAAACCCACCGCCACCAGCGACAGCAGCAGAGGCGGCGAGUCACGAAGGUGAGUCCGGCGACGUCGAUUCUGAGCUCAUUUUCAGUGACAACAACAAUGUCGUAUUUCCGACCUCAGAAGACAGACGAAAUCCAUUCAGGAUUGAUUUUGGAGAGAGGGUUUAUAAUUUGGAUGAAAAAUGCGAGAAAAGGGUUUUAAGGGUUUCUGAGUUCAGCUGGGAUUUGGAGCAAUAUUUGAAGAAAAGGUCAGAGAUGCAAAUUUUUAGGUUUCAUGGAGGAAUAAAAGCUAUUUCAAAUAUCACGAGGGAGCUGAUGAAGGGAAUCGUGGCUAGCUUCUGCACUUUGAUCAAAGAGACACCAGAAAAUGAGGUAAUGUAUCUCCACAAUCACUCUAAUUACCUCCUUCAUGGUGUAGAGCCAUAUUGCACUCCACCAGGGACUGUGACUAGAAACCAACAAAUUAUGGCAAACUUAGAUAUCAGUUAUUGCCCUCCCAUUCAAGUCAUUAUCGUCAAAGAUAACAAAUCCAGAAACAAAUCUGGAACUAGACAAACUUCGUUGCCGGAAAAAGUUGAGGCACUUUCCAAGGUUCUAAAGGAAAUAUACGGAGAAGAGGAGUACAGUUGUGAUAGAAAUGAAUGGUUGCAUUUCUACAAUCGAUUAGUAAUCCCAGAGGUACCUCUUCAUAUAGAAGCUGUCAAAAAUAAAGCACCUCCGGGCAUGGAUGAUGCUGCCCUAAAUGCUCUAAUCAAGGACUCUAUUGACGGAUUAGAACGACAUCAUGUCUUUUGGCAUUGGACUGAUAAAGAUGGUUUUAUUGAGUAUUUUGACAGGCUUUUGAGCGAUGAAAAAUUUCAUAACCUUGUUGUGCCUGUUUUUGAUCAAUUUCAUUUUUUUGAGACUGAUUGGGAAACUGAGUUUACCAAAGACCCUCCAAUGAAGAAAUGCUAUGACACUAAACUAAUGCAUGAUGGAGGCACGGUGGCCCCUACCCAAGGAGCCACUCCUGCUCUAAGUCCUUCCCUCGGAGGCAGUGGGGGUUUUAGUGGCGGUGCACAUGCACUGGCUCAGUCAACCAGAAGGAGAAGAGGGGGGAUAAAGUUUAUCACUAAAACAAGAAAUUGUAUUGUACACAUGACUAGUUACACGCGUGUCCUUAAUCCCGAUCCGGCAGGUCCCAGAUAUAUUGUCCAGUAUACUCAUAUCGAGGAUAACAAUAGUCAAGAUAAUUUUAAAGACAGACAUUAUCUCCAUUUUAGGUUAUUACAAAAAUUCCCCGACCUUUGGAAUCACCUUGUACCUGCACUUAGGGAUCGGGGCUUCAAUUCAUACUAAAAGGUGACUACGGAAAUGGUGUCAGGCAGAGCACGCAUCCAAGUGGUUUAAUUGGGCCAUACAGAGGCUGGGAACCGUUUAUUGGUAGUGGAAAAGUGGUGUUGCAAGCAGUAGAUCAAUGAUUGUUGUCAGGCCAUAUACCCUUUUGACUUUGGAAAGCUUAUUGUUGGUUGUAGAUCCCUUCGGACAAAGAAGCAGCCCGGUUUGCUCUAUUAUGGAACAAGAUUAUCAAUUGUUUCAGAGAAAAGGAUUUAAUUAAUAGUAGGGAAAUGAGCCUUCCACUCAUGCCAGUGCCAAUCAUGAGUUGGGCCUCAUCCAGUGGCCUCCUUUUCUAUUUGCUACCAAGUUUUAUUACGACUUCAUUUUAGUUGCAUAAACUAAAUUCUUAGAACAACUUCAGUUAUCAGUCAUCUGUCCACUGUGUAUCUUCCCACAGCAUUGGAUAUGGCGAAAGAUUAUAAUUAUGGGAGAGACCGUGAGCUGAAUAAAAGGCUAAAUGCAGACAACUAUAUUCGUUAUGUUGUUCGUGAGUGCUAUGAAACAUGUGAAAGGAUCAUGAAUGAUUUAGUUUUAGGGCAUCAUGAGAAGAUGAUGAUCUGACAAGGAUGUUAAAUUGGAGUUCUCUCUCUAGACGUUGUGGUCACUUGUGCAGCUUAUAAGUACUGAGGAUUCGAAAACAAGCAAGAGGACAAGGAUCAGAUCAUUAUCGUCUUACUUAACAUGCUAGAGGUGGUGAGCAGAGACAUAAUGUAUGAGCCAAUUUCUAGAUGAUAAAUCAUGUGGGGAAAAUCAGAUUUUCAGACGAAUGGAACAAUUUUCUUGAAAGGGUCGAUCAUCGCAGUGAAGAAGAACUUAAAGUGUAGAGUUGGAAGAAGAACGUCGGCUGUGGGCAUCAUAUAGAGGCCAGAGACUUACAAAAACUGUGUUAAUGAAAGGGUACAAGGCUGCUGAGUUUAAUACUGAGGAAACCUCACCCUAUGUCAAGCUGUAGCAGAUAUGAAGUUUACCUAUGUGUUGUCUUGCCAGAAAUACGGUAUCCAGAAAAGAUGUGGCGAUCCUCGUGCACAUGACAUUUUGAGGCUUAUGACAAGUUGACAACGUAUAGCUCCAGAAAUCUUGUUAUUUCUUGAAGCUUAGUUUAUUGCUUGUGAUUGGACUAAAGCAACAUCCUUGGGCUGGCAUUCUUCACUUUGUGUUGCGUACAUUGAUGAGGUGGAAGAAACUAGCAAAGACAAGUCCAAGAAAAUGGUUGUAAAGGUUUAUUAUUCGGCUCUUGUGAAGGCAGUACCAAAAUCCGUUGAUACUUCUGGUCCAAGUCAAAACUUAGAUCAGAUGACAGUCAAUGAGGCUGCAAAAGACUGGGGCCUAGAGUGUCUUUGUUAUGAGAUAAGGGAUAUUGCUACUCCACAUGGAGUGAAGGUGGCCAUGGAGAUGCAGGCUGAAGCAGAGCGCAAGAAGAAAGCGCAAAUUCACGAGUCUGAAGGAGAAAGGCAGGCGCACAUCAAUAUAGCUGAUGGAAAGAAGAGUUCUGUUAUUCUUGCUUCAGAAGCUGCAAAGAUGGACCAAGUUAAUAGAUCUCAAGGACUUGCUUCACCCUAAACAAAGUGUGCAUGGAGAUGUAAAUGCGAGUGACUGAAAUAAACUUGCUACAAUUGCUGGACUCUCCCGAGCUUCAUCUCCCCUCCUUCGUUUCGCCCUUUCAUAUCAUACUAAUCAUCUUCUCUGACAUUUGGUUCUUGAUUUUAUUCAAAUUUGAAUCUCGCUGUGUGUAUCUGUAUCCAUCUCUCCUUCUUACUCUCAUAUAUUCGUCUCUCUCAUAUUUUAAUAUAUAGCCAUUGAUGAUUGAUUGUUCGUUCUUGCAGAAGCUUGAUUCGAGAGUAUUUAGAGGAGUAUAGAUAUAUGAUUUGAAGCGCAGCUGGUAAAUCAAUUGUCCGAUUAGAUCUCUCUCGCCGGAGUUGAUGAGACGGGAAGGUGUUCUUUUACGCGGUUUGGAUUCAAGGCUGUCUAAGGAUCUCCCUUCUGAUCUUCAAAAACUUCGAUGCAAGGUUGCCUUUCAAGCCCUGAAAUUUGCUCCACCAAUCUUGGAUCUCGGUAAUAAACUCACGGCGAGGAUACAGAGCAAAGGGCCAUAUCUUGCACUUCAUUUGCGUAUGGAUAGGACGUGGAAGUGUGCAUAUAGACUACAGUUUCGUUAUUUUGCAGUAUCUGACUUAUAAUCUGGAAAUUGAGUUGCAGCAGCGAGGGGCAAGCAUCCGGGAAAAGUGCAUUUGCGAGAAGAGCUUUUUCGAGAAGCUGUUACUUUUCCCCAAAUGCAUCCUAAUUCAGUUUCAAUUUAUAAUUCAAAUUCUCAAUUCUCAACAAGGGGAUUUACACUUGGUUGAAAUAUGUACUUGGUAUGGCGUUUAGAAGAGACAACGAGCCUUUCAAGUUAAGGAUAUUUAGAAGAUGCGAUAGUUCCCGAGUACCGAUGAAGUGUAUAAAAAGUUCUUGGACUUUUCAGCUUUUGCUGAGGCUGGCAUUGUUGUAAGUAAGCUGUCUGUGGAUGAUUCCAGUUGGCAAAAAGGUGCAAAAUUUUUCCCAGAUAGAUUUAUAUCUCGCCAGGAUCUCAUAAGUUGGAAAGCCAAGCUAGAUUAUGAAGUCAUGCCAGGAUUAAAUAUAUUAUUGUUUGAGCCAUUUAGAUCAGUAAAAGAGGCGGUGGCAUUGUUCGGGGAGAGAGUUCUGGCAGGGGAUGUUUAUCAUGCAAACAGGCUUCAACAGGUACGAAGUUUUCUGCGUUACGAAGACACGGGCACUUUAAUGGUUACAAAAAGCUUUGGAAGCUGAUUGUAUCAGUUUCUGGAUGAGAAGUACUUGACAAUAUUGAAUAGUCGAAGCAAUCAAACAACAAAGUGGAAGUAAGAUACAGUGAUUUGGCCGUUCAACACCUGAAAGUGCAAGUUAUUGAGAAGCCUCAAGCUAUUAUACCAGUAGAAAAUUACAAAGGCAGAACUAAAGAGGGCGUCAAUCAGCAGUCAUUUAAAGGUUAUACUGACACUCAGAUAUCUAAAUACUGUGAACAGAAUGACAUUCAUUCACCUCAUGUUACCUUUUUGUCGGACCUCAUAAAAACGAUAUUGGGACUGUUUGAUUUAUAAUUUAUUUAAAUAUCUAUCUACAUUAUAAAUCCUGUUGCGUGUUUUGCUAUUAAAUGACUGAAGUGUCCCUCUAUAUUUUCCGUAUUUACAUCCAUAUACCACUUUUCAGCUCCUACUAUAUAUACCCAAUUCAUUCAUCUCAUUAGUUUGUAUACUAUCUUUUGGAUUUUUUUGGAUAAGAUACAUAUUCUUCUUUGUUUUAGUAUUAUGAUAAUUUAUCACGUGUUCAAAUAUAAAGAUUAAGAAAGAAGGGGAACUACUCAGAAGUGUUUAUAUGUUUACCAAGUCUGAUCAUAUUUGUGCAAUUUUAUUUCUCUAAUUUGUUUUCUCUUAUCAUUUCAGGAAUUAUGAUCUUAUUAUUACAUAAAAUAGUAAAUGUUGAUCCUAUGUUAUCCGUAGAUUGAUGAGACUGAGUUUAUAGACAAGCACUAAUAAGUAAACAUUGAAUAUAUGCCGGAUUGGGAAGAGAACCAUUUUCAGCGGAAAUUAAGUAAGGAGAGGCAGCUGGGCAGAGAAUAUAGGAGUUGGUUUAUGCAAUUUUCUGUGAUAAUUUUGAUAGAUAUGGGUAUGAAUUUUGAUAAUUAUGAAUUCACUAACAAGAACGGCUCCUCUAACUAUUUUUGCAUUGUCUCAGGCGAAAGCACUAAAUCCUGAUUUUGUCCGGGAUAAAGACGAGCGUCCCAAAGUUGCCUACAAUUAGUUCAGCAAUGAAAUUCCAGUUACUUCUUUAGCUGGUAUCUAUGAUGAUUCUGUUGACAGAGGUCUGAGGUAUGCCGUAAAAUAGUGGAGGCCUUUGAAGACUGGGCAUUUUCCAGGCGGUUGAUUUGAAAUUAGUGAAUUACUUUUUAUUUGCAGAGCUGCUUUGUAAAGUAAUAUAAUCUUCUGGGUUUAGAAGAGAGACCUCUAAUAUGAGCUUAUAUAUCAUAUUAAAGAGUACAUCUUAGGCGGUAUCACUGUUAUACUUUCUGAAGUCAAUAAGAAUGUUAAAAAUUAUUAUAUUUUAA